AUGGCCGCGGAGGCAAGAGCUACGGUCACCUGUGAGCCGGUCCAACCUGGCGGUGACCAUGUCGCCCCGGAUCCACAUCCCCAGUACGACUUCGACCACGCCUCCAAACCGCUUCCUCCCGUGCCUGACGUCGACGCGGCGGAGGAGGCCAAUGAGCCGGAUCCGCCAAGUUUCUCCUCCAUCUUUGCGAGCAUUCCUCCCGGGGUAGAUCUGAACACCACCGCCUCCUUACCCAAGGAAAUCCGUAUCCCCGCCGUCUUCCUCGGCAUCCCCUUUCCGCCCGCCGAGCAUGCCCGCGACGACGACAAGCACCUCAAGAAGCGCCCUACGCUCCUCCUCUAUGCCCCGCCGCGCGCGCCGUACCGCAAACCGCAGCCCGAUGAGAAUGGCAAGACGAAGCAGGAACUCGUCAAACGCGUGGAACGGAAAUGGCAAGAGGAAGUUGCACAGGGUCAACGGAUCCACGACGGACAGGAAGCAAACGCAAGUCGGUGGAAACGAACGAAAGGCCCUUUUGCGAGAAAAGCGGCACAGUUCAUCCAGUGGUUACCGGAUAGCACGCUGGAAGCGCUCACGCGGAUUCCUCCCAAGAAGAAGCUGAAUGAGGCGAUUGUAUUCGUGCCAGAGGAUCCAGAGUAUUCGUCGCCAGAGAAGAAGGCAGGCCUCGAGCAGCAACUAGAGCAAGAGCGCAAAGGUGCCAUAAAGCGCACUUGGAUAUCCGGGCUUCUUCUACCCGUCACCGAGACCAUCGACUUUUUUAACCCCGUCCCCAUAUUUGCCUUCGAGGUCAACCUCGCAUACUUUGCGUUCCAGCUGCAGGGUCUGCGCAAAGCCACCGCACUCAACUCGGACGAUGUCCAGCUUCGCCUCGAACCCUCUACCCAUCUCGCCCCGCUUCAAGCUCGACUUCGCGCGCUCUGCAAUGCGCGCACGCAACAGCAAGUCCCCAGCGCGGACGAACCGGAUCUCGGACCGGGGUUAGACGAGGGCCGUACCGCCCCUGGCCGCGCUGGUGGUCGCGCGCUUGCCGAGGCCAUUGUGGCCGUGUUCACAGCUGCAGUGCCGCCGGAGGUUGCGGGGAGACAUGCGCUCGACGACCUGGAGGCCCUCGCCGACGAUAUCGAACGGUGCUUGCAGAAGGGCGCAAAGGAGUACAUCAAAUCCUUAUGAUACCCUGGGUCAGCCACUUGGCGUGAAGUGGACAUCUCCUUCUCGUUUGGAGCUUUUUAUCCGCGGUCUUGUAUGGCCACAUGCCCUAUGUACUCUGAUACUUCCUGGAACUUACCGCUAGCACAGCCUCCUUCAAUCUACA